AUGAAUAAAAAAGAAGGGAAGCCUAGAGUUAUACUCGAAGAAUUUCGAAUUAAGAAUGCACCUGACGAUUAUGGUUUCGCAGAUGAUAAAUGGGAUUUUAACAAAUUUAAAAAGAAAUUUAGUAUUGUCAUAGUACGCAUGGACAACUUCGAAAUGGAGUUUGACUUAAUAGGCAUACACCCUGGGUUUGCAAAUGCCUUCCGCAGACUCAUGCUAAGUGAAGUGCCCAGUAUGGCUAUAGAAAAGGUCAUGAUAAAGAGUAAUACUUCUAUAAUACAGGACGAAGUGUUGGCACAUAGGUUAGGUCUGAUCCCGUUGAAAGCAGAUCCUAGGCUGUUUGAAUAUCGUCCUGAAGGAACUACAGAAGGAACUGAUUUUGACACACUGGAAUAUACACUUAAAGUGAAAUGCACUACGAACAAGUCACAGCCCAAAGAUUCUUAUAGAGCUGAAGAUCUGUAUGAAAAUCACUGUGUUUACUCUUCACAAAUAAAAUGGCAUCCAAUUGGUAACCAAGCUUCAGUACAUAAGGAGGCAGACAUAGGUCCUGUGCACCCUGAUAUCUUAAUAUCUAAAAUGAGACCAGGUCAUGACCUAGAUUUGCAACUAGUUGCUGUCAAGGGUAUUGGAAGUGACCAUGCUAAAUUCUCUCCUGUUGCCACAGCAUCAUACAGAUUACUUCCAGAAAUAACACUAACUCGUGAAGUUCGUGAUAGUGAAGCUGUCUUGCUGCAGACCUGCUUUUCUCCAGGUGUCAUAGGAAUUAACUCUGAUGGCAAGGCAUAUGUUAAAGAGGCGCGAUACGACACUUGCAGCAGGAAUGUCUUUAGAUAUGAUGAAAUUAAAGAUUCAGUUGUAUUGAGUAGAGUUAGAGAUCAUUUUAUUUUUAAUGUGGAAUCUGUUGGGGCCAUGCCGCCUAAUGUAAUAUUUGUAGAAGCUGUUAAGAUAUUGAGAAAUAAAUGUAGGUCACUACUAGAGGAACUGAAUAAGUUUUAACACUAGCUUAAUAUGCGGAUGUAAUAAUCUAAAGAUUUUUGCUAUAAAAUAAAUUUGAAAGUUGUUUCAGUUUCCCAAAAUACCAUCAUUGCUAGAUUUAUAACUACUACUUUAAAUAUCAGAUAUGUCUGAGAAAUAUUUAGCUUGGUGUUAUGAGCGUUUUAUAAAAACUCGUUUUUGUUUUCAUGAAACACUUUCAAAAACAAGUCUUUAGUUACCGUCCCAACUAGUUCAAACCAAUAUAUAUAAU